AUGUUUGGUUUCCAGAGUCUGAAUCUGAUGGCAGCUCUGUCUGAGAACCUGCUGACAGACAACAUGUUACUGAGUGUCUUCUGUCUUCCAGCUACUUUGGCUGGUUGUGGUAUAAAACCAGCCCUCAGAAUCACUACACCAAAGAAGAUUGAAGCUCUGAGUGGAUCUUGUUUGGAAAUCCCAUGUAUCUAUGAUACAAAGGAUACCAGCUAUGACAGCAGCAGAACUAUCUAUGGAGUUUGGAUGAAAGGUGGUAUCAAUUUUGGCGAUUAUCCAAAGAUAGUUAUUUUCCACAGCAGUGGGUCAGUUAACAGCUAUUCACUGAAUAUUACUGGAAACCUGAGAGAGAAAAACUGCACCACUCUGUUUCCUGAUGUAAAGACCAGUUAUACAGACAGAUACUUCUUCAGGAUUGAGAGCGAGCCGUUCAAAGCAACAGCUUGUGAUGAUCCUCUCAGUAUAACAGUUAAAGAUUCUCCUUGGAGUCCCAGCAUUAAUAUCUCUGUUGGUGAUCUGAAGGAGCAUCAGUCUGUCACUAUAAGCUGCUCAGCUGUGACUCCCUGUCCACACUCACCUCCUGAACUCACCUGGAAUCUCCAACAAGACUCUGAGAGACAAACAGAGAAAAACCCAGAUGGAACCUUUACAACUAAAAUCCAGGAGACCAUCACUCUGUCAGACACACAUGAUGGAUACAUCAGCU